CAUAAAUGAAACAUGGAGAAUCAAACCACAAUGUCUUAUUUUCUGCUGCUGGAAUUCUCAAAAAAUCGGCAUUUGCAGCUUUUGCAUUUCUUCUUCUUCUUUGUGUUAUAUCUGGCAACUAUAACAACAAAUUUUCUCAUCAUCUCUGCAGUAGCUUUUGAUCAUCGACUGCACAGCCCCAUGUAUUUCUUUCUCAUGAAUUUAGCUCUGCAGGAUCUGGGCUCUGUUUCAGUCAUUGUGCCCAAAUCAAUGAUAAAUUAUAUCAUGGACACCAGACGCAUUUCUUACUUUGGUUGUGUUGCUCAAAUCUUUUUCUUUCUAUCCUUUGGAGCUUCUGAUUUCUCCCUCCUGACUGUCAUGGCAUAUGAUCGGUAUGUUGCCAUUUGCCAUUCAUUGCAUUAUGAGAUGGUGAUGAAUUGGAAAUACUGUAUUGAAAUAAUAAUUCUAAUAUGGGUUACCGGUCUCUUCUAUGGAAUGUUGCAUACCAUUAGUACUUUUUCUGUUCUGUUUUGUUCUAAUGUGGUCAGCCAAUUCUUCUGUGAAAUUCCACAAUUGCUAAAACUAUCCUGCUCUGGAUUAAAUCUUCUUGAAGUUGGAAUUGUUGUAUCCAGUAUUAUUGUUGGAGUAGGUUGUUUUAUUUUUAUAGUUGUAUCUUAUGCAGUGAUAUUCAUGGCAGUGUUAAGAAUUCCUUCUGAACAAGGAAGGCAAAAAGCUUUAUCCACCUGUAUUCCCCAUCUUACAGUAGUGUCAAUGUUUUUAUUAACUGGAUGCUUUGCCUAUCUGAAACCUUCCUCUAACACUCCAUCUUACAUAGAUUUGGGGUUGACUGUUCUGUAUGCCCUCCUUCCACCUCUGUUCAAUCCAAUCAUCUAUAGCAUGAGAAAUAAGAACAUCAAAUGUGUCCUUUCUCAACUGUGGAGAUUGUGA